AUGGAGCACUCGGAAGGAGGCGAGCCGAGCCAGCAGCAGCAGCAGCCCUGGGGGAAGCUGAUCCGGCUGGGUGCUGAUGAGGCAGAGCCGCACGUCUUGCUGCUGAAAAGAGAAUGGACAAUUGGUCGGAAGAAAGGUUGUGACUUAUCUUUCCCUGGCAACAAGUUGGUGUCUGGAGAUCACUGUAAAAUCAUAGUGAAUGAAGAAUCUGGUCAAGUGUCAUUGGAAGAUACAAGUACUAAUGGAACAGUAAUUAAUAAACUGAAAGUUGUGAAGAAGCAGACAUACCCUUUGCAGACUGGGGAUGUGAUCUAUGUUGUUUACAGAAAAAAUGAGCCAGAGAACAAUGUUGCUUAUCUUUAUGAAUCCUUAAACACAAACCAUGAUGCAACUCAAGAACCAGUAGAAGUUAAUGUAGAAAACCAAUGCCAUGUGACCAAAGAUACCUCAAGUACAGGAAGAAGUAAUGAUGAGACCCAAAUUACCUCAUCACCAUCAGCUACUCAGUCUUCCUAUGAGGAACCGCAGCCAUCUACUUCUACAUCUAACCUCUUUAAUGCUUCUUCUACCUCUCUUAUUGAGUCUGCAUCUGUUCAGCAGGAUAAUCCUUCUACAUCUGGAUCACAAUCCUCAGUUUUCACUCCUGUGCCUGCUUUCCCCAUCUUAGAAUCUGUUUGUCUAAAAGCAGUGCAUGUCGAACAUGAAAAGCUGGAUACGAGUACUGAAACUUCAGAAAUCACUUCAGAAAUCACUGACAAAGAAAAAGCAGAAUCAGAUUCUCAAAGGACAGGGGAGGAGGAGUGUUUGGAACCUGCUAAGAAGAAACUAAAAGGAGAUGAAGAUGCUUGUCCAAAUCUUUCACCAGCAGCUCCAAGUGAAUGUAUAAUUAAAAUUGGCUCUGAAGAUGCAAAAACAGCAAAUGUGAAACCAGAUAAGAUGGAAGAAACAUUAACUUGCAUUAUCUGCCAAGAACUGCUGCAUGAUUGUGUAAGCUUGCAACCUUGUAUGCAUACUUUUUGUGCUGCCUGCUACUCAGGAUGGAUGGAAAGAUCUUCUCUAUGUCCAACUUGUCGUUGUCCAGUAGAACGUAUUUGUAAAAAUCACAUCUUGAAUAACUUGGUUGAAGCUUAUCUGAUUCAGCAUCCAGAUAAAUGUCGUAAUGAAGAUGAUGUACGUAGCAUGGAUGCUAGAAACAAAAUUACUCAAGACAUGUUGCAACCUAAGGUGCGGAGAUCUUUUUCAGACGAGGAAGGAAGUUCUGAAGAUUUGUUGGAAUUGUCAGAUGUAGAUAGUGAAUCUUCAGAUAUCAGUCAACCAUACAUAGUAUGCAGACAGUGCCCAGGGUAUCGAAGACACUCUGUUCCAACUCUGCCUGGCGCAGGCCAAGAGACAGAAGUGGGAGCAAUGCAAGCACUGGGAGAUGCGCCAUCUACAUCUGCCAACUUCCCUGCAGCUGUCCAGGAAUAUGUGUGUCCUGCUCAAGGAAGCCAUGUAAUAUGCACCUGCUGCUUUCAGCCAAUGCCUGACCGAAGAGCAGAGCGUGAACAGAAUCCUCAUGUUGCUCCUCAGCAAUGUACAGUUUGUCUGCAACCCUUCUGUCACUUAUACUGGGGCUGCACUCGGAUGGCAUGUUUUGGCUGUUUGGCACCAUUUUGUGAAAUAAAUCUUGGUGAUAAGUGUUUAGAUGGAGUCCUAAAUAACAACCACUACGAGUCGGAUAUCCUAAAGGAUUACCUGGCAUCCAGGGGUUUGACAUGGAAAAAUAUGUUAAACGAAAGUCUCUUAGCUCUUCAAAGAGGAGUUUUUAUGUUGUCAGAUUACAGAAUUACUGGGAACACAGUACUUUGCUACUGUUGUGGCCUUCGCAGCUUUCGAGAACUUGCCUACCAGUACAGGCAGAACAUUCCUGUUGCUGAAUUGCCAGUGACUGUCACAUCACGUCCUGAUUGCUACUGGGGGCGCAACUGUCGAACUCAGGUCAAAGCACAUCAUGCCAUGAAAUUCAAUCACAUUUGUGAACAAACACGAUUCAAGAACUGAAUACUUGUAGUCUGUAGAGAGGGGACAAAAACCUGUUACACUGCUUGUACAGUUUAAAGUUCAGGGGAUCUUCUCAGUUCCCCCAUAGCAGGGAAUUAAUAACUUUUGCAUCAGGUAAUCUGGUGUGAACUUUUUAAUUUGUAGAAUUUUACAGCUGUACUGUAUAUUUGUAACUGCGUUUUGCG